AGGAGAUGGAAGAUUACAUAAUUAGGAUAAUUAUGUAUGGAUUGAUUUCAUGGUCAUGUUUAUUUAUUGUAAUGAAAAAGAUCUUAUACCCAAAACGAUCAUUGGAUUUCUGUAACCGUUGCGUUUCAAUAAUCCACGCAUUAUUAGCCGUAGCCAUUUCUUGUUUCUCCAUUCAAGAUUGGAAUUGCCCUGUAUGCCCUUUGGCUUCAAAAUCAUCCCCCAUCCAGAUGAAGACUCUAGCAAUGAGUUUGUCUUACAUGAUCUAUGAUCUUUUUUGUUGUCAAUACAGCAAUGUUCUAAAGUUAGACAGUUUCAUUCACCAUUUCGUUAGCAUUGUUGGAUUCGCAACUGGUCUCAUCUACAAAAGGUGUGGGUCUGAAAUGGUUGCUGCAUUACUGAUAACAGAGAUGUCAAGUCCAUUUCUUCACUUAAGAGAGUUACUUAAAGAACUUGGUUAUAAGGACACUAUCCUGAAUUUAGCUGCUGAUGUUUCGUUUGCUGUUAUUUUCACUGUGGCUAGGAUGGUGGGAGGGCCAUAUCUUACUUAUCUUACUCUUUCUGCUAACAAUCCCCUUCUUAUAAAGGCUAUGGCCCUGGGAUUGGAGCUGGUAAGUGUAUUCUGGUUCUACAAGAUUGUGAAGAUGAUGAAAUACAAAUUGUCUAGGUUUGGUUCUUUGGGUUCUACUAAAGCUCAUAAACAAUGAGACAUGAUUUAAUCUUUCUUUCUGUAUUCUUAUUCUAUUCUCUCAAGGUUUAAGAUUGUAUAAAAUGUAUAACUGCAAAAUUUCGUGUUUAGAUAUUAUAAGGGUGUUCU